AGCUCCUCUUCCUUUCCAUCUCCCCCCACAUUCACACUGUCCCUCUUCAUUUCUCCCUGCAGAGCCACAGUGGUGAACAGGGUGAUGAACAAACUGUCUCCUCUUCAUGAUAAGAUCUACUGUGCUCUGUCAGGCUCUGCAGCAGAUGCUCAGACCAUCGCUGAGAUAGUGAACUACCAGCUAGAUGUGCACAGUAUGGAGAUAGACGAGGACCCGCAGGUUCGCUCGGCCGCCACUCUGGUGAGGAACAUCUCGUACAAGUACAAGGAGGAGCUGUCGGCUCAUCUCAUCGUGGCUGGCUGGGACAGAAGAGAUGGAGGACAGGUGUUCGCGACCCUGAAUGGUCUCCUGACAAGACAGCCUUUUGCAGUCGGUGGCUCUGGCAGCUCAUACGUUUAU